AUGGGAGCAGGCGCGUCAAAGAACAAGGUUACUUCGCAAGAUAGAGCAGUGUUAGAUUUAAAGGUUCAACGAGACAAACUCAAGAGAUACCAGAAAAAUUUAAAUGUGGUCAUCGAGAAAGAAGUGGAAGCAGCCAAGUUGGCCCUUCAGCAAGGCAAUAAGCAAAAGGCACUCUUAGCAUUGAAAAAGAAGAAAUAUCAGGUUCAACUAUUAGAGAAGACCGAUCAGCAAUUGAUGAACUUGGAGGAAUUGACACAUUCUAUUGAAUAUGCACUGGUUGAGAAGCAAAUUUUGGAGGGCUUGAAGCAUGGCAAUGAUGUAUUGAACGAGAUUCACAAGGAAACAUCAGUGGAAGCAGUUGAGAAAUUGAUGGACGAUACAGCUGAUGCAAUUGCUUAUCAAAAUGAAAUUGAUGAAUUGUUGAGUGGAUUAAUAAGCGCUGAGGAUGAAGAAGAGAUUAUGAAGGAGUUGGAUGAUCUCCGAGAACAAGAGUUGAGUGCAGAGUUACCCAGUGUACCCAGUAAUAAACUACCUCAGGCGGUUCCCGAUCAGAUACCGGACGUCCCAACACAUAUACCAUCGUCUAAAACUGAAGAUACGCAAACCGCCAAACCAGCCAAAGAGAAGCAAGCCAUGCUGGCUGGCUAA